UUAAAGAGAAGGGAAAAAUAAAUAGAUAAAAAGAAAAUAAAAAUCUUGCAAACUCCUCUUAUCCAAGAGGGCAAGGCCACAUCUUCUUUCUCAUCAAAUAUUAUCCUUUCCUAGUACUCCAUCAAGAGUAAGAAGAAGAUAUGGCUAUGAAGAAUUGUUUUCAAGUGAGUACUACUGUGUGCACUAGUGCUAGAGCUGGAGUAGUUUUUGCUCCUGUAGAGAAGCUUCAUUUGCCAACUUCUUGUAAAGGACUGAAUCUAUCCAAUUUAUCAUUGUCUUCAUCAUCUUCUUUCUUUGCCCAUUCACUCACUCUGAGAGGCAGAAGCCAAAAGUCUCGCAUCUUCUGCAAAGCUCGUGAAGCUUUAGAUGAAGUCCAAGUAGUGACAGAUUCAAGCUGGGACAAUCUUGUGAUUGCCAGAGAAACCCCCGUUCUGGUGGAGUUUUGGGCACCCUGGUGUGGACCCUGUCGGAUGAUAGCGCCGGUUAUCGAUGAAUUGGCAAAAGAAUAUGCCGGAAAGAUUGCGUGUUUCAAGGUAAAUACCGACGAGUCUCCAAAUAUUGCCAACAGGUAUGGAAUAAGGAGCAUUCCAACUGUGCUGUUUUUCAAGAAAGGUGAGAAGAAAGAAAGUGUCAUCGGAGCAGUGCCCAAGACUACCUUGACUAGUACCUUGGAGAAAUAUUUAGAUGCUUGAGAAGACAAUUUGGACAACUUCAAAUUGUACCUGGUUAUGGUAUAUGUUCAUUUCAUUGACCAUAUUCAAAUGACUUGUACUUAAUGUAGAUGUCUCUAUGAAUAUAGUUCUCCAAAUGAUCUGAAUUAUGAAAGUUUCAUACAGCAGAUCCAUCAUUUACCCGCACCCAUCAAAUAUGCCCCAGCUCAUUUGGGUUA